ACACGUUAAUGCAUUGUACAACAGCGCUGUCCACUACGGCAAUUCUUUGAAUUGUAUAUGGGUUUAGCCCCAUAUAAUGUGCUUGAUUGCUGGUAUAAACUCCCCCUUCUACACAUUCUGGAUUGGAAUAUGGAGAAUCCUCUCCAUUUUGUGAAACUAUCUUUCAUCUUCCACCUCGUCUUCCCAUCUUUUGUCCUUUUCAGCCAAGCCCACAGUUUAAUGCAUUUUUGUGAAACUAGCAUUCUCUUCCACCUUCGUCUUCUCAUCUUUUGUCUUUUUCAGCCAGACCCACAGUUUAAUGCAAGUGCUGUCCACAACCACAAGUGGGGUUUGCAUCUGGGAAUUCUGGUUUAAGGCUGGGUUUAUUAGCAUCAAUGCUUCUUUGGAAAUUCCAUUUUUUGGGCUUAUUCUGUUCAUAAUUUCUCAUGUUGUCUUUCAUUGAAAUUCAUCUUUAGGAUUGGUUGUGCUAGUAGAGUUUCAUUGAUUGCUCCAUUUUCAUUUUUAUUUAUUUUUUGGGUUGUUUCCAUCAAAUUAGUGCUAGCUGGUUUCUUGAUCCAGAGAUAAAACCCAACAUUUUUUCCUUCAUUUUGAGAAACUUAGGGUUUUUUCAUUUUUUUCCUUUCUGUAGAACCAUAUAAGGGAACAAAAUGGCUUGGCUGAGCUAAAUUUGUUUAUGUAUGUUAAUUUUCUCCGCUGAAAUCUUCUUAUUAUGUAUUUCUAUAUGCGAGUUAUUUAUGGUGUCUGGGAAAUUUUUAGUUGCAUUAUCAGCUGUUUCAUAAGAUUUUGCAUUCUUAGAUGCAUUCCUUGUAUGCAGUUCUUUGAAUUCUAUAUGGGUUUAGCACCAUAUUAAUGUGCUUGAUUGCAGGUACAAACUCCCCCUUCUCCACAUUCUGGCUCUGUAUGUAGAGAAGCUGAAGUUCCCAGUUCAGGUUCUGUUGUGCAUGCUUAGAGAUUUGGGACAUUAUCAGUUUGACAAUGAGAGAGAGCACGCUCGUCAACAUUCAUGGAAAGUCAUAGAUGUGUACAAGCGUGCUGUCUCUCGUUGUCAUAUGAUAUGCACAAGACUUUAUUUGUUUCGGUUGGCUGUUUGCUGCAGAUGCUAGCAGGUCCAAACUGCCCCUUCUCCACAUUAUGGCUGUGUAUGUAGCGAAACUGAAGUUCCCAGUUCAGGUUCUGGUCAACGUUGUCUUUUAUUGCAUGUGAUAUGGCUUCUGCACAAACAUUUUUGGAUGGAUGUAUGCCAUGUUGUCAUCUACUGAUGAAAUCAUGAGCUCAGUUGAUGCUUGGAUUUUUCUUACAGUUCCUAUGAUACAAAAGGCAGGAAUCCCAAACACUGUCUUCAGUCCUGAAAUUGAAGGAUUCCUCUUAUAACUGUGUAUAUUAGUACUGCAGUGAUAAGUACCUCUUUAUUAGAUGUGUGUUAUGCUGAAUUUCUUUGUCAAUAAAUAAAUAUAAAAUUA